CACCAGCUACCCCAAUCGUUCCUUCCCUUCCAUUUCUGUAACCUGGGACUGAUUGUGUGAUCCUCCUUGCUCCACCUCUCUCAUCCUCUCCUCUCCUUCCCCUCAAUCCUGUUCCUCAUCCCCCUCUGCCUCUGAUCGGGUUCAUAUAUACCCAGGACACCCCCCCACUAACGUCAUUGCUCUCCUCGGCUUCGUUAUUCGUGUUGUCAUUUCGCAUUUCGUCUUCAGUUUCACAGAGAUCCUUGCUACUGUAAGUGUAGGAUCCUUUUUGGGUACAGAGAGUCAAGGGACUUGACAUGGCUCAAGCUGCACUCAUUUCUCGGAUCGGCGCUGCGCAAGCCUUGGGAGGGGUUGCACAAUCCCAGACUUUGUCGACUCGCAGGUUGUCCUCUUUGUUUGCUGCAUCUUCCUCGUCGACCUUGCCGGUGGGUCUGGGGUUGAACAGGAAUGCUGAGCGGGUGUCCUCAGGCGCUGUGAAGACCUUCGCCUUGUUUGGCAAAACUAAACCCGCCGCCAAGGCUCCUGCUCCUACGAAGGGCAAGGCCAAGGUUGAAGACGGUAUUUUUGGGACAUCCGGUGGGAUUGGUUUCACUAAAGCCAACGAGCUCUUCGUUGGCCGUGUGGCUAUGCUCGGGUUCGCUGCCUCCAUCCUUGGUGAAGCCCUGACUGGAAAGGGUACAUUGGCCCAAUUCGAUAUUGAGACUGGCAUUCCCUUGACGGAAACCGAACCCUUGUUGCUGUUCUUCAUUCUUUUCACCCUGUUGGGAGCCAUCGGUGCUUUGGGUGACCGUGGAAAGUUCGUCGACGAUGCCCCAGUCGCUGGACUUGACAGCACCAUUAUCAAGCCCGGCAAGGGAGUGAAGGGUGCUCUUGGUCUGAAUGAAAAGGGCCCCGUGUUCGGAUUCACCAAGUCAAACGAGCUCUUCGUUGGUCGUCUUGCACAGCUAGGUAUUGCCUUCGCCAUCAUCGGCGAGAUCAUUACAGGGAAGGGCGCGUUGGCCCAACUGAACAUUGAAACGGGCGUGCCCAUCACAGAGCUGGAACCCCUCAUCUUGUUCAACGUUAUCUUCUUUCUUUUCGCGGCUGUAAACCCCGGAACUGGCAAGUUCGUCAACGACGACGACAUCGAGGACUGAGUAUCCAUAUUUCUUUUUUGUUAGUACCGUUGGUAGAACUCUAACCGAGCACGACACAUUCUGAUUAGUCGAUCUUUCAGGCAACCUCACGGAUUAGGAGGCUGUAGAGUUGUUAAACUCUGAAGCGAGAAUGUUGGCUACCCUACUAUUUUUUAAAUUUUUUAUAGAGCACUUGUAGCUGAGUGUUCACUUAUCACUUGUCAAAUACUUUCAUUUUGAAAUUAGAAUUAAGCUAAAUCUUUUCACCGCA